AUGCCGCGCGCCCGCGACCGCUACUCGUCCGCCGCGACGCCCCACAAGCACACGCCCAUCAAGGUCCCGCUCAAUGACGACAAGCAGGAGAAGGCCAAGCGCCUCCAGUCGCGCCAGGCCCUUCAUGAGACCCAGAUGAACCAGAUCCGCGCCGCCGCCACCCCCGUGCGCCGCCGCCAGACCCUCACCGGCCAGAGCCAGUACACUGCCGGCGAGAAUGACGACAGCUUCCUCGUCGGCGGUGACGCCGUCACCCCCAUGAAGCGCGUGCCGAUCCUGGCCAAUUUCGAGGAGUGGAUGAAGAUGGCCACCGAUAACAAAAUCAAUGCAAACAACUCCUGGAAUUUUGCCCUCAUCGACUACUUCCAUGACAUGUCGCUCUUGAAAGAGGGCGACAGCGUCAAUUUCCAGCGUGCCAGUUGCACUCUCGACGGCUGCGUCAAGAUCUACACGAGCAGAAUCGACAGCGUCGCUACCGAGACCGGAAAGCUGCUUAGCGGUCUGGCUACCAGCAACGAUAACAAGAGGCGCAAGGGAGACGACGCAGAUGGAGAUGCCGACGACGACGAAGAAGAGGGCGAGGAUGGCCAGAGGAAGAAGGCCCGCAAGCGCGCCCAGCGGUCCGCUGAGUCGACCUUGGCAUCCUCGUUCGCACAACUGCAGUUGAAAAAGAUGGACAUGGAGCUGUCGGUGGACCCGUUGUUCAAAAAAGCCUCCGCAGAUUUCGACGAGGGCGGUGCAAAGGGUCUGUUGCUAAACCACCUGGCCAUUGAUGCCACUGGUCGAAUUGUCUUCGACAGCAGCGACGACAUCGAGCCUGCACAGCCGGGAGCCGAGGAGGACGACCAAGCACAAGAACAGGAACAAGACGGAGAUGCGAUGGACGUUGAUGGCGGCGAAGAGACUAAGCCGGAGCCGGAAUCGAACCAUGCGGAUAUCGACAUUGCGGGGCUAGCGGCCAAGUUCUUUCCGGAUCUGUCAGUCCUCGACGGCCAAGACAUCUGCCCCUCGCUGAAGGAUUUCGAUCUAAGCGAUCCAAAUGCUACGAAUUUGCCAUUUUUGAAAGCGCCUGAUGACUGGAGGAAUGAUGCUCAGGAUGACGAUGAAAAAGACGAUGGUGCCGGUGGAUUUCUUGCGGGUGGGUUCGACGAUGACGACGACCUGGGCGCAUUCGACCUGCCUGCCGAAACCGGGUUUGGUGAAGGCGGUGAGGUCUGGGCAAGGGAAGCAGCUUUGGAAACUCAAAUGCGCGUGCACACCAUGGGACCGGAUGGCGAGGGCCGUGGUGGCGAAGAGGGAAUGGAUGAAGACGGAGGCUUUGACGGGGAUUACGGCGUCACAUUAACAGCAGGUCGCGAGCAAGACCAGGAGAACAUCUUGAACUACUUCGACAAAGCAUUAUCGAAGAACUGGGCCGGCCCGGAACAUUGGCGUAUCAGGAGAAUAAAGGACAGCAACAAGGCGAACGAACCUGCACCGACCAAGAGAAAAGAAAAAGAACCCUUCCAGAUCGAUUUUUCUGCCCCCAUGGUGCAGUCGACAGCCGAUGCGCUGUUCACGCCGGCAGCCACAUCAUCCUCCAUUCUGUUACCCAAGGCUCAGUGGAAAUCCAAGAGCCGAAAUUUGCUGCCUGACGACAAGCAUUUCAGCUCCCGCCAACUACUUCGCCUUUUCUUGAAGCCCAAGGCACGCCUGGGUGCAGGGAUGCGCAUUAAAUCGGGCCUCAGCAACGGCCGGGGUGAAAACCAAAAGCAGCAGGAGCCUGAGGGUGAAAUGGACGAAGUUUUCUGGGCACGUAACGAGGAGCACCGUGGCAAGUCCCCAGAGAACGAAGAGGUGCCCGCACAAGCCGACUAUGAUGCCGAUUUCUUCCAAGACGAUGGGCUCGGAGCCGUAGGUGGAAUUGACGAUAGCGACAUAUUUGCCGAUGCACGCGAGAUGUUUUCACCACCACCAGAGUUCACACAAGGCGCGCAGCCCGGCGAUGCCAGCGUGCUCAACGGCAACCAGGAAGGCGCGUUUGGUACACAACUCGUUACCCAGAGCCGAAGGUUACGGCCUGAGUACGUCCAGUACGCGCGUGUGGCGAAGAAGGUGGAUGUACGACGGUUAAAGGAGGAGUUGUGGCGCGGCAUCGGCAUCGGGGAUCCUGAGGAGAACCUAGAUGAUUCCAUCCUGCAACGCAAAACCCCCGCCCCGCCCGCGCAAAUGGCUGAGGAUGGGUCGCUCAAGUUCACCGACGUUGUCAAUAACCUGCAGACAGUCUACCCCAAGAAGCAGCUGGCGGAUAUUUCUACGAGCUAUUGCUUCAUUUGCUUAUUACAUCUGGCCAACGAGAAAGGGCUGGUCAUCGAGAACCAGGAGAACUUCACUGACCUCACCAUCAGAAAAGACCCACGAGCAAUUCCUGAAGGCAUGGAAUAA